CAGAUUCCAAGAAAUCAAACUCAUAUAAAGGAUGACCCUUGUGCGAGGAAUAAGCAAAAGAUUAACUCACCCUCUCCUCUUGGAUUCCCUCCCUUAACAAAAUUCCAUUUUUUCAGCAUUAUCAUCUCUCUUUUUACACUCAUCCCACCAAAACACCACACAACGCCACCACCACCACCUUUUCCUCCUCCUCCUCUUCUUCUCCAUGUCUGACAGGUUAUGUUGCAUGGUUAUGAGGAUCAACAUUGAUUGCAAUGGUUGCUAUAGAAAAGUAAGAAGAGCUCUCCUACAAAUACACGAGUUGCAUAGCCAUCUGAUAGAGAAGAAGCAGUGCAAAGUGAGUGUUCGUGGAGUGUUUGAUCCUCAUGAUGUAGCCAUGAAAAUAAGGAAGAAGACUAACAGGAGAGUUGAAAUACUUGAAAUUACAGAAGCAAGUAAUGAAGGUGCUGAGGAGAAGAAGGAUGAUAAUCUCAAUGUUAGUGAAAGCCAAUCUCAAAGGCCACUAUUGUCUACAUCUUCAUGAACUUAAUUGAUGCUUGCUUAUUUAUUUAAUUUACUGUUAAGUUAAUUUAUGUGAGUUUGUGCCUGAUAUUGAAAUUCUUAUUUGGAUAUUUAAUAAAAAGUGAGCAUAAAUUCCCCUUU